CGCCCCGCGGUCGGCUGUAUGAGGGCCGCGAGUCGCGUAGCCCCCGCGUGCACCACCGCCGCCCUCGCCAGCGUGUCGUCCACGGCAACCACCGCCACGCGCGGGUCAGUCGCGAUGGCCGCCAGCGCCGACGACCUCGAAAUGAUCCCGGGCGUCAGGCGCCUGGCCGAGACAAAGCGCGUGUGGCUCCUCGACCAGUUCGGCGUGCUGCACGACGGGGUCACCGCCUACCCGGGCGCCGUGGACGCCGCGCGCAGGCUGCACGAGUCCGGCGCAAAGCUGUACGUGAUAUCCAACUCGUCCAGGCGAUCCACGAACACGCUCCAGAAGCUCGCGCCCAUGGGCUUUGACCCCUCGUGGUUCUCCGGGGUGGUCACGAGCGGCGAGGUGACGCACCAGAUGCUCGCGUCGCGCGGCAAGGGAUCCACCAGCGACGGCGAGGAGAGCGAUUCCGACGACGAGUUCUGGGCGUCGCUCGGUAAGAAGUGCGUGCACUUCACCUGGUCCACACGCGGCGCCAUCCCUCUCGACGGCUUGGAUCUGGAGACGGUGACUGAUCCGGAGGAGGCGGAUUUCCUCCUCGCGCACGGCACCGAGGCCAUCAACGGCGCGGGGACCAACGACGAGCAGCGCGCGGCGGGGUGCGUAGACACUCCCCUCGAGGACAUGCGCAAGGUUUUGGAGCGCGCCGCCGCACGAAACCUGCCCCUCAUCGUCGCCAACCCCGACGUCGUCACCGUUGGCGGCGACGCGGGUUUGCUCCCGAUGCCCGGCACACUCGCCAGGUGGUACGCCGAGAUGACCAACCACGGCGCGGUUCGUCUGAUGGGCAAGCCCGAUCGCAUCAUAUACGACCGGGUGUUGGAGAUGACGGGGCUGGAGGCGAGCCCGGAGGAGGCGAUCGCGGUCGGGGACUCGCUCGAGCACGACGUUGCGGGCGCCAACGACGCGGGGGUGGAGAGCGUGUUCGUGUGCGGCGGCAUCCACGCGAAGGAGCUCGGGAUGCGAAGGGUGGCGUCGGCGGCGGAGGUCGGGGACGGGAGCGGCGUCGCGCCGCCGGACAGGGAGAAGGUGCUGGAGGCGGCGGAGGAGCACGAUUGCGAGCCCGACUACGCGGUGCCGGUGUUCGUGUGGUGAGCGCGAGGGGCAGGCUCGGGGGAGGAGCCAACGGGGACAAAGGACGACGCUCAUCGCCAUAUAGCCGCCUUAUUACGUUAUUCACACAUGCAUCGAAGCGCCGCUU